UAUGCUCAACUGGAAUGAUACUCUUCCUUUAUAGUAUACUAAAAUGUACUAAUAGUAUAUUCUCAUUAAGUAUGUAGUAUACAGUAUAUAUUCUUCUUCGAGAUGGCGGAGAGCACAGAUCUGGAGCGGCUGAUGAACUCCUUUAAGAAGUUCGCGAUCCACGGAGACACCAAGGCCACAGGGAAGGAGAUGAACGGGAAGAACUGGGCUAAACUGUGUAAAGACUGCAAGAUCACCGACGGCAAGAAUGUCACCGGCACUGACGUGGAUAUCGUUUUCACGAAAGUCAAAGCGAAGACGUCCCGGGUGAUCACCUACGAGGAAUUCCAGAGAGCCCUGGAGGAGCUGGCCCCUAAGAGGUUUAAAGGUCAGAGCAAAGAGGAGGCCCUAACGUCUGUCUACAAGCUGAUAGAGGGCAAGGAGCCCACCAACGUAGGAGUCACGAAAAUGGCGAAGACAGCCGCAGUGGACAGACUGACGGACACCACCAAGUACACAGGCUCCCACAAAGAGCGCUUCGACGAGAGCGGGAAGGGGAGGGGUAAGGGCGGGCGGGAGGAGCUGGUGGAGGAAACGGGAUACGUCGGCUCCUACAAGAACGCCGGAACCUACGAGGAGAAAACCAAGGCUAAGUAGACCACCGGGCCAGGCGGGGUGGUCAACAGGCCCAGUAGACCACCGGGCCAGGCGGGGUGGUCAACAGGCCCAGUAGACCACCGGGCCAGGCGGGGUGGUCAACAGGCCCAGUAGACCACCGGGCCAGGCGGGGUGGUCAACAGGCCCAGUAGACCACCGGGCCAGGCGGGGUGGUCAACAGGCCCAGUAGACCACCGGGCCAGGCGGUGUGGUCAACAGGCCCAGUAGACCACCGGGCCAGGCGGGGUGGUCAACAGGCCCAGUAGACCACCGGGCCAGGCGGUGUGGUCAACAGGCCCAGUAGACCACCGGGCCAGGCGGGGUGGUCAACAGGCCCAGUAGACCACCGGGCCAAGCGGGGUGGUCAACAGGCCCAGUAGACCACCGGGCCAGGCGGGGUGGUCAACAGGCCCACAACAUGAGAUGUAUCCCAAAUUACAUCCUACUCUAUAUAGUCCACUACUUUGACCAGAGCGCUAUGGGUCCUGGUCUAAAGUAGUGCACUAUAGAGGGAAUAGGUGCCAUAGGGCUCUGGUCUAAAGUAGUGCACUAUAUAGGGAAUAGGGUUCUAUAGGGCUCUGGUCUAAAGUAGUGCACUAUAUAGGGAAUAGGGUUCUAUAGGGCUCUGGUCUAAAGUAGUGCACUAUAGAGGGAAUAGAGUGCCAUUUGAGACGCUUCCAGGGUCACUAUCCCCUAAGCCCCCCCUUACAGUCGGGACCAAACCCUGAACCCAGAACUCGGACCCCUAACCACAGGCUUAACCCCAGGCCCUUUCGACAGAGGCUGUCCUCUCUUAUCUUUGAUAUGUUCUGAGGGGGUGUGUGUGUGUUGUCAUUGGGGAUGAUGAGAGAGAGAACAUGCUUUUUACUCUUAUUAUAGCUAUGGAGGUCGUGAGGUGAUCCCCUUCAACAGAGAUUUGUCUGAUGUGUGUUUACAGAUGACUAGAUCAGAAUGCUCUGUUCACUGUCAAACCUGGCCUGCCCUGAGACUGUAUAUAGAUCUGUGAUAUACCAUACCUUCACCUUGCUUUGGUUUUAAAUCUGCCCUGAGACUGUUCAUAGACCUGUGAUAUACCAUACCUUCACCAUGCUUUGGUUUUAAAUCUGCCCUGAGACUGUUCAUAGACCUGUGAUAUACCAUACCUUCACCUUGCAGACCGUGGUUAGACAAAACACAUACUGGUCUGUGAUAUACCAUACCUUCACCUUGCAGACCGUGGUUAGACAAAACACAUACUGGUCUGUGAUAUACCAUACCUUCACCUUGCAGACCGUGGUUAGACAAAACACAUACUGGUCUGUGAUAUACCAUACCUUCACCUUGCAGACCGUGAUUAGACAAAACACAUACUGGUCUGUGAUAUACCAUACCUUCACCUUGCAGACCGUGAUUAGACAAAACACAUACUGGUCUGUGAUAUACCAUACCUUCACCUUGCAGACCGUGAUUAGACAAAACACAUACUGGUCUGUGAUAUACCAUACCUUCACCUUGCAGACCGUGAUUAGACAAAACACAUACUGGUCUGUGAUAUACCAUACCUUCACCUUGCAGACCGUGAUUAGACAAAACACAUACUGGUCUGUGAUAUACCAUACCUUCACCUUGCAGACCGUGAUUAGACAAAACACAUACUGGUCUGUGAUAUACCAUACCUUCACCUUGCAGACCGUGAUUAGACAAAACACAUACUGGUCUGUGAUAUACCAUACCUUCACCUUGCAGACCGUGAUUAGACAAAACACAUACUGGUCAAAUAAUCUGACAUGGUGCCAUGUUUCCAUCGGCUUCAAACCAUGAAUGUCUCUCUUUGAAUCGAGUUCACUUUCUUACCGUAUAUUGCAUCUUUCUUACAGUAUAUUUCAUCUUUCUUACCGUAUAUUGCAUCUUUCUUACAGUAUAUUUCAUCUCUCAAACUCAAUAGUUUCAGGGUUUCGUCUUUAAGACUAUCGUUUUAGAACUAGCUAGCUUUUUAUUCCGAGACUAUUUCUUUAAACGUUCGUUGCUUUUCAAAAAAAAAAACAUGUAUUUUCUCUGUUUUGGUUCUUUAUGAUGUGUUUGCUUGUUUUAGUGUUGUAGAAACUGGACAACGGCUGCAUUGAAGGGGAAUAUGUUGUAUUAAAACAAAAUGAUAAUAAAGUGUU